GUGGCAACGGCAUCAUGGCUUCUUGGAACGGCAACGGAAUUGGGAUGAGAGAGCUGAAAAUGUACAUAUUCGUCUUGUUGGUGUGCCUGGUGUCUGUGCUGCAGGCGGCGGUGAAGGUCUCUCCUUUGAUAGAGAAGGUCAGUGACCACAAGGACUUCAAGAAACUCCUGAGGACCCGAACUAAUGUCCUGGUGCUCUACACUAAGUCAGCUACCUCCGGGGACUCUAAGUUCAAGCUGCUGUCUGACGUGGCCCAGGUCGUCAAAGGACAGGGCACCAUCGCCUGGGUCAACUGUGGGGAUUCGGAGGGUCGUAAACUGUGUAAGAAAGUGAAGGUAGAUCCCAGCUCAAAAAGUGGUGGAUCAGAUCUCCUGCAUUAUAAAGAUGGGACGUUCCAUACAGAAUACAACAGGCCCGCUACAUACAAGUCCAUGGUGGCUUUUUUAAGAGACCCCACAGGAGCCCCUCUUUGGGAGGAGAACCCAGAAGCUAAAGAUGUUGUUCAUGUAGAAACUGAGAAAGACUUUAGAAAGCUUCUGAAGAGGGAGGAGAGGCCAAUCCUCAUGAUGCUCUACGCCCCAUGGUGUGGUGUCUGUAAGAGGAUGCAGCCCGUAUUUCAACAGGCAGCUACAGAGACCAAGGGUAAAUUUGUGCUGGCCGGGAUGAACGUGCACCCAGCUGAGUUUGACAGCCUCAAGCAGGAGUACAACGUCAAGGGCUACCCGACUUUCUGCUACUUCGAAAAGGGGAAGUUCCUGCACCACUAUGAAAACUACGGAGGCACAGCCAAGGACAUCGCUGACUGGAUGAAGAAGCCCCAGCCCCCCCAGCCGAAGGUCCCAGAGGUCCAGUGGUCGGAGACUGACUCCCCUGUCUUCCACCUGACUGACGACUCCUUCGAUGGGUUCCUGUUGGAACACCCGUCUGCCCUGGUCAUGUUCUACGCUCCAUGGUGUGGCCAUUGUAAGAAGAUGAAGCCAGAGUAUGAGGAAGCCGCUGAAUACCUCAACAAAGACAAAAAUAGCCCUGGGGUUCUGGCAGCCGUGGACACCACCAUUCACAAGGUGGUGGGAGACCGUUUCAAGAUCUCCGGCUUCCCCACCGUCAAGUACUUUGAGAAGGGAGAGGAGAAGUUCACGCUACCCCACCUUAGGAGCAAGGACAAGAUCAUCGAAUAUCUGCAGAACCCCCAGGCGCCCCCUCCCCCAGAGCAGUCCUGGGAAGACAAGCCGUCAAGUGUCAGCCAUCUUGGAAUGGAGGACUUCAGGGAAGCGUUGAAGAAGAAGAAGCAUUCCCUCGUUAUGUUCUACGCACCAUGGUGUCCCCACUGUAAGAACGCUGUCCCUCACUUCACCACGGCAGCAGAUCUCUUUAAAGAGGACCGCAAGAUAGCCUAUGCUGCCGUGGACUGCACUAAAGGACAGAACCAGGAGCUGUGCAAGCAGGAGAACGUGGAGGGCUACCCCACCUUCAACUAUUACAACUAUGGCAAGUUCGCAGAAAAAUACAACGGAGACCGAGAGGAGGCGGGGUUUAUAGGUUUCAUGCGCAGCCUGCGGGGGCGGGACCAGGGCAAGAGGAAAGAGGAGCUUUAAGGCAGGGCGUGGCUAGGGGGAGGAGCCUGUCGCUGCACUGUGACCGUGGUAGGGGCCUCUUAGCACUGACAUCACGUGAUGUCAUCAUGACGUGAAAUCACGGGGCGGAGACUUGAGAACCGUUGCGUUUCAGGGGAGAGGCUAUACGGACACGCCUGGUACCCAAAUUGAUUACAUGUCGCGCAGCUGAGAGUCGAGUGGAGACAAAUGGAUUCGGUUCAGUCAGUCGUCCUGAUGAGCCCUUCCCAGCUAGCUAGUUCAUGCUGGCUAGCUGGCAACAACAGCAGCAUGGCGCUAGAUUUUAAGCUGGCAGGCAGGCAGACACUGGAAUCAUUUCUGAGUGACAGUGAGGGCUUUGCAUAGGCGCUUUGUUCAGUUUUUAUGGGACUGGGAAAAAAAUGCCUGUUUUUAUGGGACUGGGAAAAAAAUACCGGUUCUAACCCCUGAUUUGGUAGUAACCAUCUGGAUGUCACCGUGAUACAGUCUACUGCUAAAUGGGGAGUGUUUGCGCUGCAAGCCGGCAACACAACAAUACAAGGCACAGUGUGUACUUCGCUCCCACUUGCUGAGCACCUCUGUCCUGCUGUCAUCCUGUUCUGAUAUCGGCUACACUAAGCACAUUUAUUGUAGUGAUGUUCACAGAAAAUGUACAAUUACGGCAUUGUCUACAUUGUUACUCCGAUAAAAACAAACAAUUACUUUGAUAAAAACAGAAUGAUUCUGAACUGUCCCAAGUUUCAAAUUCUCGUUAAAGUUUAGACACAAGCAUAAACUAGCUAGCUGGGGAGGGCUCAUUAGUACGAAUGACUGAACUGAAUCUGUUCGUCCACACUCAACUCUCGUUGCGCGACAUACGUCAUAAAUUGUACAUCAUACAUUUUGGGCAACAGGCGUGUCCAUAUAGCCUCUCCCAGAACGCAGCUAUUUUUUAUACCGAGGAUCGAUCAUGUUUGUAAUGCCAGUGGAAUUACCAACUGUCUGGCCACUUGAUACUUUUUUUCAUGAAUAUUUUGAUGGAACGAUAAACAACAGAAGAACAAGAAAACAGGAACAUUUGGCCCAAAUACUGUGACUGCAUUUGUGGAAAGCUACACCUUACUGCAGGGAUUCCCAAACUCAGUCCUCGGGACUCCAAGGUGUGCACGUUUUGGUUUUUGCCCUAGUACUACACAGCUGAUUCAA